UUACAUUGGUCCCAUCGCUAGCAUAAUUUUGAAAUAAAAUAUUUGAAACGCAAAAUUAAAUGCCGAAACUAUGAGCUUUCCCUUGGAUUUGCACGCUUUAAGCGUAGACGAUAUUGUCGAGGAGUACAAGAUCCUGCACGAGCGCUCUCAGAAGCUAAAGAACCAAAGCGAAAACGAUGCCCAGCGCAUAUACGAACUGAAACGAAAUCUGGAAACGGCGUUGGCCGCGGAGGCCUACCUGACCCAAGAACUCGAACAAUUGGGCACGCCGUCGGAAGUACGGCCCGGUGUGGAGGUGCAGGAGCUGGAGGAGCUGCGCGGGCGCUUCAGGUGCCUGCAGGUGGAGCACGACAACCUACAGCAGGACUAUGACAGCAAAGUUGUGGAGGCGCGGGGUUUGCAAAACCAAUUGGCGGCUGCAGAGCGUGGGCUGGCAGCCAACUUGACUUCCAAAGAUGCGCAUGAAGAGUGCCACCAGCGCAUACAUGCCUUGGAGCAGGAGAACUCUGAGCUGCUGCAUAAGCUGGCGGAGCAUGAGGAAUUCAGUGUGAAACACAUUCUGGAAGUGGCUGAAAAGGAGAAAACCAUCGAAUGUCUGCAGGAUCAGGUGAGCUGCCUGGAGCAGAAUUUGCUGUGCAAACGCAACGAACUGGAGGAGAAGGAGCAGCAGCUGUAUGCCGCCCAGGAGGAGCUGGUGGAUGCCAAUGCCAAGAUAUUUCAGCUUACAAGUGCACCCCAAAUCAAUGAGGCCAAGGGCAACUCGCUGUUUGCGGAGGUGGACGAUCAGCGGCAGGUGAUGAAGCAGCUGCUGGCUGCCCAGAAAAAGAGCUAUCUAGACAUGAAGAAGGCGUACACGGAGAGCGAGUUCGAGAUACGACGCCUGAAGCGUGAGAAUGUGGCCAUGCACAGAGAGCUGCAGGCAUGCAGCACCAUUUUCUGCAGUGCUGACAAAACCUACCAGAACAAACUCAACGAACGCAUUGGCCAGCUGCUGAGGCAGAACGAGACCCUGGAGCAUCAGCUGAAUGUCUCCCAGAAGCGACUGCGCGAGAUUGCCAGCGAGAAGAACGUCACCUGGCUGGACUCCAUGCUGGAUUUCUGCAAACGCGAAACGGACGAGCAAAAGGCGCAACUGCAUCGAAUGCUAAUCCAAAAGGCCGCCCUGGACGAGCAGAUGCGUUCCAUGCAGCAGGAAAUGGCGCGUUGGCGCUUUGAAUCGCUGAAAUCUCGCUGCGUGCUGAUUGAUCGCGAGAAUCUGCUGACGGAGCACAAGAUUGCCUUCAAGCUGGUCCAGGCCAUGGAAUUCCACAUUGAGAAGGCCGAGCUGCAGGCCGCACGGCCACGCAUUGUCAGUGUGGCAGCCACAGAAAGAGUCCCAGAGGCUGAAGCUGAGAAAACUGUGCCCCAGGCCACACCACUCGUAAUCAAGCAAGAAGUAAACGUUGAAUCCCCUGCAAUAGAGGCACCCAAGCCCCUCAGGAAGGGCACUCCAGUGAAGACGCGUGAGGGCGGUUUCAAAAUCAAAUGCGAAGAGAGCUCAGUGGCAGCAGCCAAGCCACAGAUGAAGGGAACGCCCAUCAAGACACGCAUCAAAGUAGAAUGCGAGUGCAGCGAGGAAGCGGAUGAGGAGGAGGAGGAAGACCCAGUCAAUGACCAAUCAAUUGACAAUGCAGUGAAACCCGUGAUGAAGGGCACGCCCAUUAAGCUACGUUUGGGCGUCAUCAAAGUCAAAUCAAACGAACUGUUGAUGGCCAAACAAGCUCCCGAAGCAGGAGCAGCCAAAUCCAAGGGUCGCAAGGGAACGCCACUGAAGCAAAAGGAACUCAAGGACGAGGAUUAUGACAGCGAUGUGGAGGACAGCAGCCCCGCCAAGCCACUGCGCAAGGGAACACCCGUGAGGGAGCCUGCCAUGCAGGACACAACCAACAAGAAUGUGCGCUCCAUUCUGAGCAAGAAGCGUGAGACAUUCGCCGAGGACAGCCACAAGAUGGUGCAGUUCAGCGGCAGCUCACCUGUGCUACACAAUCUGAGUCCCGUGGAGCAGCUGCAGACCGAGGAGGCCAAGAAGAAUGAAACGCCAACGAUAGCAGCUGUUAAGGACAUUAAGCCAACGAUUAAGGGACCGAACAUCAUCAGACGCAUUGUCAUCGGCUCCAGGCAGCCAAAGAAGUGAAUUUUUAAUAAGAAAACUUUAAUUAAAACUUAGAACAAAAAAAAAAAA